CCUAACUCGACUUCAAUGCUGCUUAGACUCCAUUGUUCUUGAUUGUUGGCUUACCUUCUGCUUUGAUAUUACAUCUGGAGGAUGGCUCACCUUACGAAUCCUCUUGUGAGCCCUGAGCAGCUCGCGUCAUCCACCCGUAUCAAUGAUGCACUUCCUCGAUCUGCUAAGGACCUAAUCCGCUUCUCCACUGCUAGACUCACCCAAGCAGCUGGCAUUCUUCUCCGCCUUCCUCAGAGUGUCAGUGCCCAGGCGGUUGUGGUGCUCUAUAGGUAUUGGGCGAUUGAAGAAUUGACACGCGAUGAAUUUAAGGACAUCUCAGCAGCUGUGGUUUAUUUAACAGCCAAGGUUUCAGCGCACCCGCGCUCGCUUCGGUCUAUUGCAAACGUUUACACCUACCUCUACUCCUCCUCCUCAGCUUUGGCGUCAGUCCAGUCGCCGGAUUCAAAGAGUCCACCUGAUCCAGCAUCUUACUAUCUCAGUCCUAGCUCAUACACGAGUUUUACGAACCGCAUUUUACUACUGGAAGGUCACGUUUUGAACGCUCUAGGAUUUGGCGUGCACGUGGCCCUACCUCACCCCUUGGCGAUUACCUACCUCCAGACGAUGGACAUCUUCUCCGCCGCAUACUCGAAAUCUACUGGCCCCAAGCUCGCGCGCCGCGCUAUAGCUCUCUUAAAUACGGCACUAUUGUCACCUCAGAUGCUGUAUCUCACGCAUCAACCGAAUGCCCUCGCAGUUGCGGCAAUCUACCUGGCUGCAAGAGAGGAAGGCGUGAAUUUGCCAAGCGUGGAAUGGUGGGAGGUAUUUGAUGUCGAACGCGAAGAACUGGGCUUUCUCGUUGUCGCCUUUCUGAGCCUGGAGGGCUGGUGCGCAGAGAUGGGUAAGGAAGCUAUAGGAGCGAUGAGGAAAGUGGACAUUGCGAAGUUGGCUGGGGGAGAGCUUGAUGAGGAAGCGGAGAUGGCGAUGAUGCUGGACGAGAAACCUGUUUGAUGCCUGGCUUUUAGACCAUGGAUAUGGAAGUUAGGUCUGGCUCAUGUUGGUGCCGUGGCUACGAGUUGACCUUAUGGGUUCGUGCGGGAGGAUCCCAACACGACGAUCACCUAUCAGUGGGCGCACUUGGGCUGGGCACACUUGGGCUUGAUGCUCUCUGCCAGGAAGGUCACUUUGGGGGGCUGUUGAGGCAUCGAUGGAAGGCCAAAAGAACCGAAUCAGAAACUAUCGAAUAGAAACCAUAAGCGGCUAACAUAGGUAUACUUUCGCUUAUACGGAUCUGGAUUCAGUGCCACAAAGCUUGUUACUCUUAGAGAAAUGUCAUCUACUGCUGCUCGGUUGGGAACUCAAGAUUGGAAUAGUACCGAACGGGUGCUCCCGUCUUCCCCCACUUUUCCCGCUAUUAUUAUCAGCCCGGUACAGUGCUGUUCUCGAGGCCGGCUGCCAAAUUCUCACGCAAAUUGGCAGGAGACGAAGCAUUAACAUGAGGGCACCUCGGUUGCACUGCACGUCGCACAUAGUGUUCGAAGAAAGCUAUUGGCAGAUACUAGUACUACAGACUCAUUCUCACAAGGCGAGGCACAAGCAAUUCCGUCCACUUGUUUGUGAAGGAGCAUCAAAAUCCACGUGAAUCUCAGCAAGGAGAAACAUCCUUGGCAAUGCAGGCCAUGAGGUCCAACGCCAGCCACAACCACAAGGGCUGACACAAAGCAAGGAUC